AGAAGGUGAACUCCAGGGUGUGGUUUAUGCCGGGAAACGUUUCCGGAACAACAGAAUCUAAACCUGUGUUGUUUCUCGCAACUUAAUCAGGAGCGAAACUUAAUUCUAAACUUGUCUCAGAUAGACGUGGCUCCGCGUCAGAGAGGUCACCUCUGUCGGGCGCGUGAAUGAACAUGGGCAUACAGGUGUCGUGUGCCUCGGUGCGUCACAGGUAGGCGCGCGCUCAGCCCCGGGGGAACCAGCCCGACGUGUUUGGGCCAGCUUUAGUUAAGCUUUUGUUCCGAGGGCGAUGAGGGGAAGUUAACAUGAAGAUAAUCGCAACUGUAGCGCUUCUACAGCUGUGUUUGUCAGCUACAGUUUCAGACAACGUCUCCACCGAAACUGUCCAGACAGCGGAACCGGGAGUUCUCGUUCGUAUUCCGUGUAAUUCUACAACACCUGCUUCGGUCAGGUGGACGAAGGACGGACACGACGUCCGCCCGGAGACUGCCGAUGGGCGUCUGGCCGUGCUGCAAAACGGGAGUCUAGAGAUCAGACGGAUGGGACGGGAUGAUGAGGGCAUCUACCUGUGCAGCUCCACUCUACCUGACAGCGACUUCCGGGCACGUGUACAGCUGCGGAUGGCCAGUGGACCAAAGGAUCUGUCUACCCUCGUCUUUCCUGUCAUUAGUCUCUCUAAUGGGACACUAGUUGCAAAUCGGGGCGCCUUCAUUCACUUUCGGUGCUCUGCAUCAUCUGAGCCGUCUCAGCGGCUGACCUGGACCUUUAGCGGAGCUCCAUCCAACAACACGCUGAUCUCUACCUCACAGACCUCGCUGGAGUACUGGAUAAAGAGCAUCCAGCCUGGCGAUCAAGGAGUUUACACCUGCGGUGCCAUCAACACCGUCUCCAACCAGACAGUCAAUAAGAGCUCAGAGUUGCUGGUGUACUAUUUACCACCGACGCACCCCGACUGCAUGUGGAUCCCAACACCAGACUUGUCCUUCAUCCAGCUCAACUGCUCCUGGCCUGGAAUGUAUCCCACCCCCAAGCUGAGCUGGGGUCAAAAGGAUGACGUCCAGGAGACGAAUAACCUCUCCGUGAUGCUGAAUAGCUCCUUGGUGCAGAACGAGAAGAUAAUGGAGAAGAAGUUCACGUGCACGGCUCAGCAUGCACUCCUCCCUGCCAGAGAUGUGAGGUCGUGUUCGAUUAUACUCAAGGCUCCAUAUCCUGUUGGCAAACCGAUGGCCGUGGCUCUGGAGGGGUCCAACGUAACUCUGAGCUGCACCGAGGUCACGUCCGUCCCCACCGCUAACACCACGUGGAGAAAAGGGCUCCUGCAAGCCCUCAUCACUCCAGGAUCUAAGUACAUCCUGUCUGGGAACACUGCCGUCUUCCUGCUGACCAUCACCAACACCAGCAAGGACGACGAAGACGUCUACUUCUGCCGCAGCGAGAACCAGUUUGGAGUUGUGGAGCUGCAAGUGCAGCUCUCUGUGAAGUCAUCAUCCUCUGCUUAUGUCGGAGGGGUCAUCGGUGUCUUCAUAUCGUUUCUGAUCGUUGGCUCAGCGAUAAUCAUAGCUAGAGUCCUGUACUCCAGGAGACACCAGAUCUGCCUGGGCGGUGGAUUAUGGGGCGAUGAGAGAGGAGAUGUGCUGAGUCUGGUGGAAUCGGACGAUGAGCAUUUCUUUCAGGACACCGUCCCCCAGUUGCGCACGGAGGCCAACGGCCGCCGCACAACGCUCGUGGAAGUCCACCGUAUCCCCUCCAGUGAUCACGAGGAGACGGGAACCGCUGAGAAAAAGCCUCAGCAGCCAGAAGAAACCCAACAAACAGAGGAUCUGGUGCCAAUUUAGGUGCUGGGUGUUUUUAGAUCAAUGUGCCUUUUAUUUUAUUAUUUUUUACGUUUCUGAACAGCUUGACCCUGUUUUGCACCGAUCCUGUGAUGCAUAUCCUGUAAAUAACGUCUGACACUGAAAGCAAAACCAAUCGCCUGAUCUAGGGUGAACGUUUUUCUGCUGCUGUUGUUCCAGCUGGUUAAUCUUUUAAAUCCUUUAAUGUGUAAAAACAAAGCUCAGACUUUUUAAACUGUGAUGGUUUCUUUACCUCAUGUCAGAGAUACGUGUAUAUUUGGAAUUCUGUGAGAAAUAAAAGUUAGCAGACUUAAUUACUGAAAAACUAGUAUGAAGAUUUAGGCAUUUUUAUGAUUUUGGGGGAAUUUAAUGUUUCAGCUUGAUGUGAUUUAAUUUCAUUUUAAUAAAUAAGUCUGACAGAAAUCAA